AUGAGUGACCUUACGAACGCAACAGCACAUGUUGCGGUGGAUGAGUCAGUAGCGGGAGCAAGGUCGAAAAAGUCUCUUGAGACAAGCGAUGGACCGCCGCCGCCGUUGCCAGCUUCUGAUUUUGACAUGAAAGAGUACGACCUUGACGAGGCAGAGCAACGAAUCGCUGCGGCUGGUGAAGCCAAGUACAAUCGUCUGUCCUGGAAGCAGCUCACGCUACUAUUGAUCGUGGACGCCGUUGCACUGGGUGCCUUGUCAAUUCCCCAUGCGUUUGCGACUCUGGGUAUGAUCGCAGGUGUCGUGUGCUGUGUCGGUAUUGGGUUGAUCGCCGUUUACACCUCGUGGAUCAUCGGCAAGGUAAAACUGGCCUUCCCAUCCGUGCAACACUAUGGAGAUGCCGGCGGUCUCCUCAUGGGCCGCUUUGGUUACGAAUUUGUGUCUGCUGUUUUCGUGAUCCAGCUCGUCUUCGUGGUGGGCUCACAUUGCCUCACUGGCACAAUUGCCUUUGCGAAUAUUACCGAAAGCACCAUCUGUUCACUGAUCUUUGGUGUUGCCUCGAUGAUCAUCCUCUUUUUAUUUACAAUCCCCUCAUCCUUUGCCGAUAUCACCUUUCUUGGAUACAUCGAUUUUGUCUCCAUCCUCGGAGCGAUCGGUAUCACCAUGAUUGCCACGGGUAUCCAGAGUAGCAAUGCUCCAGGGGGUCUUUCAGCCGUUCCUUGGUCGGCUUAUCCCAAAGAGAACAUCACCUUCACAGAGGCUUAUGUGGCUAUUGGCGAUAUAGUCUUUGCUUAUUCAUUCGCCGCCUGUCAAUUCUCUUUCAUGGGAGAGAUGCACACCCCAGAGGAUUAUACUAAAUCAAUUACGGUACUCGGGUUGAUCGAAAUUAUGAUCUAUACCCUCACCGGUGCCAUCAUCUACGCCUUCGUUGGGCCAACCGUUCAAUCUCCAGCCCUUCUGUCGGCCGGCACGACCGUUAGUCGAAUCGCCUUUGGCGUGGCCCUACCUGUGAUUUUCAUCUCAGGCUCAAUCAAUUGUAUCGUGGUUGGGCGUUUAGUUCAUGCUCGCGUCUACAAGAACAGCAUGAUUCGAUACAUUAACACGGCGCAGGGCUGGAUGACAUGGAUUCUCUUCGUCGCCAUCAUCACCGUCAUUGCCUGGGUCAUUGCAGAGGCCAUUCCAUUCUUCACAGACUUAUUGUCGAUCAUCUCGGCACUUUUCACGUCUGGAUUCUCCUUUUACCUUCCCCCCGUUAUGUGGUUCUUUUUACUUUGCAAAGGGAAAUGGUACUCGAGAGAGAACCUGCCCACUGCCAUUAUUAAUUUCUUGGUUUUCCUCAUGGGAGUCGCAGUCUUGGUCUGUGGUCUCUAUUCGAGUAUCGAUGAUAUUCGCAACUCCUACCGUACAGGGAAGGUCAGAAGUCCUUUCACCUGCGCCUAG